AUGCACGAAAUCUCGUUAUUUGACGAGGCAACUGAGACAGUUUCCUCCUCGUCCGAUUUCAUGCAGGCAUUCAUGCAAUACGUGCAGCCACGCUGUCAGCAGAUGGUCGAAUCCAUGGGACACCACAUGGCCUAUGAUGCCGCUGUCGACCAAGGGAUCUCCCAAUAUCUUGUCAAUCUGUAUAACAUCAAUGCGAUCAAGACAGAUGCCACGUGGUAUGUGGAACAUGGCAUGUUUACGCAGAAGGCCAUCAUGCAUAUGGAGGAUGCUGCUUUGUCCGCAGCUUUGCCUCGCCUGGAGGAGUUGCUCACUGCGAUGGAGGUUGAGCCAUACGUAUGGUCACCCAUCAUAUCAGAUAAGCGCUGGGAGGAGUUUAGCAAGACAUUGCCUGUCUAUAGCUCCCCUCAGGCUCAGGUACCAGUGGCGCGACUUUAG